GAUACGCACGUACUACAACAGACGACAAAUACAAACGACGAUUCCAAUAGAACGGAUAGUCGUCUUGUUUUGUGUUGCUCUUAUGUUGUAGUCGCUAUUUGAUUCAGUUUAGUUUGUUCUUUAAAUUGGUAUUUUACGUUCAGUACAGCUAUAAGGAGUUUGCCGUAAAUACUAAGUAGGACUACAGACUUUUAUGGCGAGACUUACAAUUUAAUUUGUAAGUCCAAGUCAUUGCAAAAUGGAGGCGAUAUACCACGUGAUAUGCGCAGUCCUUCUGCUGGUAUUUUCCUACGUUACCGAGGGUUUCCGAGUGAGACGCGCGGGCGUGGCCGGUUAUGACGACCCGUACGGCCUGACGAACGCUUUUAGUGAUAUCGACACGCGAAGUGAUUACGAUUAUAGAACUCUGCUGCGUAAACGUGUUCUAGAGGAUGAUGAAUCCUACUUCAACCCCAAGGAAGAUGGCAUUGAAUAUUUACAAGCCGGUUCUUACAUUCCAAAUAGAGAAAUUGCUUACAUUCCUGAUUAUCUUUUAGACAAAUCGUAUAUUGGUAAUGGUCCUAUGGAGUAUGGUGGACUGAAUGGGCGCAUUUAUGGACCACAAAAGAGGACUACACAUAAUUCUCAUAGAGUUGUGCCGACAAUGGAGGAACUUCGAACAAUAUUUGGAGAAGCUAAUGUACCAAUGAAAAAGCUUGCGCCUGUAAAACGUCAGGAACCAAAACAAAAUACAGUCACCAAAGAGUCCCGUGACUACAGUUACAAUAAACACGAAGACAAGGCUAACUUUGACAAAGAAAAUAGAGUUAAUGCAUUUAAGAAAUUGCUUAGCGCGGCGGAAGAAAUGCAUCCAAAUACCAACAUCGCAGGGGAAAGCGUACACAGUAAGUCAAAGUCAGAAGUAGCUGAUGACCUUGGUGAAGUAUUCAAAGAUGCAAAGACCGGUGUAGAUUCAGAAGAAAGAACAGAAGACGUCCAAAAUAGUACAGAAGAUCAAAAUGACGAAGUUGUUCUUGAAUCUACAGCACCGGUUAAUACAAUAACCGAUGACAACGCUCAAUAUAGUAAAUCAAAACGAGCCUCUGAUGGUCUCUCAACUAUUCAACCUGGAUACAUUAUUAAUUUAUUGGAAGACAUUGCUGAAUUAAAAGAAAAGGUAUCGAAACUAGAAAUUCUUCAAAUGCUCGAGGAACGAGAAAAUGACUAUUUGGCAAGUGCUCUCAAAUUUGCCACGCUUGAUCAAAUACAGGACAGUGAUGUGUUUGUUGACAAGGAAUAUGAUGACAUAUCCAAGGCAACAGAUACGGAAACACUGAUUCAAAAUCUGACAGAUGACGACGACAGCGAGGGAUUGGACGAACAAGGGGUUAUUGAAACUCUUGGUGAAGACCUUCAAUCCCCUCUUCCUGAUGAUAUUGUCGGAGAGGAAACUAAAAGAUCUGACAUUCCGAACAUUCCUUCUGGUCCGAACGAUGAGUGGUACGAUACACCAGUAAGAGAGGGAGUUGGCCUAGGGGCGAUUUUGGAAGAUCCUACUGAUGACGAAGGUACAGAUUUGAACGGAUUGGAUUCACGAUUGAUUCUGCCAUUCCCAGAUGACCACGAGGAGGGGGAUGCAGUUGCAAUGGAAACUCCACCACAGUAUUCUGAAAACACUAAACAAGGCGACCGAAACAUUCUGGCCACACUGCUGGCUAAUCUGUCCCCAUCUACCGUCAACAAUAUCAUCUCCGAUCUGCAGCAAGAAACUGCCCCAGCAGACGUAUGUCCGGCUGUCUUAGAACUGUCACAGAACUGUGCCUUUGCAGACGUUGAAGGAAUUCCGAUUGAUGACGACGCUAGAAAUCUGUGUGUGAGGCAUCAGCUGUGCUAUACAUGUGGAUCAGUAUUCGAGAUGCCUCGGCAGGGUUGUGACCAUGGCUACAAGGUGACGGUGACGGAGGCGUGUGAGGGCGACAGCGCAUGUCUAAGGGAUGGAGCGUACUUUCUGCGCCUCAUGGAGAAAUUCCAUCACUUCCUUCCGACCAGCCCUGAGGAGUGCCAGAUGCCGUGUGUGGAAGACUUCAUACUAGGCGUUGAUUAGAAUCACUGUGAUUUUUAAAUGAACUAUUAAGAUAUCAUUUAUUUACAAUAUAUAAAUCGAAUGACGUAGGAAAUGUUAUAAGAAAGUAGUUGCCAUGUGUUAAAGCGCUGUACUGUGACUGUAAGGUGCUAGGAAAUGAUAGAGGAUCAUCUUUCAUCUCUUAAUAUAACUUUUUGUCUUAGUAUGUAUGCUUAUUAAGCACAUGAUUAUCGUAUUUCAAAAAAAAAAAAUCAAUUUUGAUGUCAAAAUAUCACAUUUCAUUAAUUUUUAAUUUUUCAUCCAAGAAUUGCUGUCAUGUUCAAAGGUAUAAAACCUCAGCUAAAGUUAUGCGUUUAACAAAUGAGGUUCUAAAUUUAUUUAGUUCGAAAUUGUAUGCGGAAAUAGGCUGUUAUUUCAGUAAUGUUGGUAAUGAAUUAAUUAAAAAGGAACUAUUAAAUACA